AUGUCGUAUCACCUGACAUGUUAUCGAAGUUUCACGGACAUCACUAAAUUGGAAAGGGCCCGGAAAAUAGCGGCAAGUGAACCUCCGAAACGCUGCAGUGCUAGUACGGAUGAGCAUGGCGAUCCAGCAGAAAAAGUGCAGCGAACAACUAGACAAUCGUUCGGUGUUAAUUAUGGUAUUGAAGCAACGCCGAGGUCGUCGAAUGUUCUUCCAAAAUGCUGCUUGAUUUGUAAAGAAUCUGGACCUAUAUAUGUCACUAAUACGGUACGAAUUAGUUAAGAUAUUAUUAUUUAAGCAGAUAUUAAAUGCGUGCUUAACGGAUCGGAAGUGCUUCAUAAAAGUAUUAAAAAGAUUACAAACACCUAGAUUUACGCACUGUCGUUUUUAUUUUUUAGGCUUCGAAGAAGCGCGUAAAGCAAGAUCUCUCUCUCGCACAAACGGUAACUGCUGGGCUGCUACAAAAGGCUGCCGAAAUGAGAAAUGAUGAAAGUGUACUCGUACAUAUUAGAGGAAAAGAUUGUGUUGCAGUAGAAGCAAGAUAUCAUAAGAAGUGCUACCAAAAGUACACAAAAGUUUUGUCGAACAUAAAGAAUACGAAACCGCCAGUUACUGAACCCACGGUUUAUGACAAAGCGUUUGAUUUAUUCUGUUUAAACGUUAUGGAGAAAAGAAUAAUCAACAAUAAAGAAAUAUUGCUUCUGAGUUAUCUUCUCAAGAAAUUCAUUGGCAUUGUUAAUGAAAUUGACGGUAGUGAUGUUCCAUACCAAAGCGCGCGCCUAAAGAAGAGGAUCCAAUCACGAUACCCACAAGUAGUCUUUCAUGCGUCUAAAACAAUGGUAAAAGGAACGCUGGUGUACUCUGGCGACAUUGUACCUGGGGAAAUAGCAGAUGAUAUGUUGGAAGCGGAUCGAAGUGAUAGCGAUGAGGAAGACGAUGACGAUGAAGCUGAAAACAACGUAGGCGAAGGUUUAAACCGAAAUGCAUGUGAUAUUGCUCCACAUCAAUUAUUUCACGUAGCAAUGGAAAUUAGAAAGAUGUUGAAGGAAAGCAAAGGCAUUGAUGGAUGGCCCCCUGAUUCAAGUGAUCUGACUCUAGAACGUGCAACGGAAUCGAUCCCAACUAAACUGUUCAACUUCAUCGCUUGGACACUUGGGUAUUCAAACGAACCCGCAAUGGAUGAAAGAGUGGUGAUGUCUCGCAGUCAAAUGUGCAAAGUCGUUUCAAUAUGUCAAGAUCUCGUAUAUGCUGAAGCAAAAGGGAAGAAACAGAUGCAAAAAUCGCUGGCUCUCGGUAUGACUGUGCGCCAAAUUUCUGGAUCAACAAAGCUCAUCAACAUUUUACAUGGACUUGGCCACUCGGUUUCAUCGUCUAUUGUGUGCAAACACGACUCGGCACUGGCUUCGAUUAGUAAUGCAUCUGAUGAUGUGAUUAUCCCAAGGAAUAUCAAUGUUGGGCAUUUUACCACGAUUGUUUGGGAUAAUAAUCACUUUAAUGAGGAAACUCUUACUGGUAAAGGUACCACGCAUGUUGCAAAUGGAAUCGUGAUUCAAAGAGGCGAGCCUGCUCUUAACAGCAAGGUGAUCGUGAGUAAGAAGAUACGUACUGUGAAGGCUCCUGAUCAUGAUAUUCAACCAUACAUCAGCACAAAGAAAGGCGUACCAUUACUAUGUCAAGAUAGCGCUGAACUUGAUCUAGACAUUCACAACAAUCAUCAGCUCCAACUACCUGGAAUAAAUCUCGACUUUGCUUACAUAAUAUGCCGAGUAUGUUCGUUCGAUAUUGGAGAUAUCAUACCUGGGUGGUCAGGAUUUAACAGUCAGAUGGUUGCAAAUGUGCCUGAUGUAUCUAACAUCGGUUACCUUCCAGUGAUCGAUAGUCCAGCCACAGACUUGGCAACAGUCAACGAGAUGCUGAAACAGAGUGUUUCCAUUAGCCAACGCCUCGAGCUUCCUGAAAUCGUUCUUGUAUUUGAUGAAGCUAUCUAUGCAAAGGCUCAGAUGAUAAGAUGGAAGGAAGAAGAAUUUAGAAAUCGAAUUGUCGUUCGACUUGGAGAAUUUCAUACAAUUAUGUCGUACUGUAGUGGAAUUGGUAAGAUUUUCCAGGAUGCUGGUUUAAAGGUAAUAACUAAUACACUGUGAAUGGUCGCUGCAUGCAAAUAACUGAGAAAUGUGCAAUUCUAUAUAUGGUCUAUGUUCCUGUACCUGCAUGCACGUUUAUGGUUUAUUUUUAACCAUUGUUCUGUUUCAUGUUUUAGGAUAUAAUGAUAGAAUCCGAGAUUGUUGCAUCGGGUUCUGUUAAAGGGGUUCUUACAGGGAAGCACUACAACCGAUGUAUCAGAGCGCAUAAAGUGGUUUUCGAGGCAAUGCAACGACUUCGUUUCUUAGCCUUUUACGAGUCUCUACCAGAUAACGAAGCUGAGAAGCUGAGUUCUUUCAGUGUUGAUUUGCUCGACAGUAUUGAUGAAACCCUGCCUGAAUUCUGUUCGAAUGACGAUCGUUUCAUCGCUUGGAAAGAGGCGUUCAAUUCGUUCGUAAAGAAGCGUAGUGAAGAAAACCCUACCUUUUUGUUUUGGUCUACUUACAUCGACAUGAUCCAGUUGUUGUUACUGUUCGUUCGAGCAACAAGAACGUCCGACUGGCAGUUACAUCUUUCCGCCCUGAGGUCAAUGAUCCCAUGGUUCUUUGCUACCGAUAGAGUCAACUAUUCCCGAUAUGGGCCCUGCUACUGGCUGGAAAUGUCUUUACUUGAAAGCACGCAUCCCUGUGAGUUCUUUAAUGAAGUCUCAGUUUGUAUAUACGUGUAUAUAUUUAUUGCAUUUACUAAGAGAAUAAAUCAGGAGAGAACAAUGCUUUAUAAAAAGUGGUAAUAUACUUCAAUAUAAUAAUUAUGUUCAAAAUGUAAAGCUGUACCAUCAUUGUCAUAAUUUUCUUACAGAUGUUGCUGAAAAUAUUGAAGACAACUGGACUGUGCAAAGACAGAAGGACCGUCAAUUCUCUAGUGUACCGUGUGAUCAGACAAUCGAACAAACCUUAAACAAGGAUUCCAAGAUGAAAGGUGGCUUAGUGGGUUUCACUUUAAAUAGAGGAGCAGUCCACCGCUGGAUUUUGGGGCAAGCUGAAAGAAGCGCAAUCUCGAGAAUGUGUCAAGACAUGGCAAAUAUAUCAGAAGUAACAAGGUAUAGUAUAUUAAUAGAAUAUCCUUGAUUCUAUAGACAUUUUUACAGACAGCCUUGAAAUGCAGCAUAAUGUUCUGAUGUUAAAUGUAAGCUCUAGUUACCAUCGUUGUAUUCACAAUCUUGCAGAGGACUAAAGGACUUGGAUAAAACUAGAAUCAAGUAUGAUGCUAAUGCUGUCGCAGACGUUAUGGAGUUGGUCAACACGAUGAUAAACCCUUUCGAUAACGAGUAUCCAUCCCUUGUGCAUUUGUGUAAUGGAUCUGUCGCCUCUGAUGAUGUUGAAUCUGACAUGAAGAACAUGUACGAAAGAGGUGAAGCUGCAGCAGUGAGUUAUAUAGAUACAAAUAUCCUUUCGGAGAAUCCUGAUAUCUACACGCCAAUUAAGAAGAUGAAUUUACGAACAUUCUCUUCCAUGAACAAGAAGGUUAGAAGCAAGACAAAGAAAGGUGAGAUUGUGGCGUUGAAGAAUUCAAAGAAUUUGUUUGCUAAGAUGGUCCUCAUUGCAAGAAGCCGAGAUCUGGAUAUGAAAGAUGUUCUGCAGUAUUCGUUGAGACCGUUCCCAUUACCUUUAGCAACCGUGGAGGGAAAUCUCGUAAAGACCACCAAGUCAAAGUUGCUCAACACAAUUGAGAGUGAAACUCAAGAUGCAUUUGUGGAAAGCGUUGAUGGCGAAAGUGCUCUGAUCGUUGAUGCAAUGGCCAUACUUCAGAUGAUGAAGGUAGCUUCAAGCACGUUUGGUGAGCUAGCGCAUGAUUUGUUGAUAAAAAUUAUAAAGAUGGCGACAUUGUCAAGAUCGAAAAGAAUUGAUUUCGUUGGCGACCGGUAUCCAACACACAGCAUCAAGAACCUAGAACGGGAGAAACGCAGUGAAGGUGGAUCGUUCUUGGUGAAGAUUUACGGUGAACAACAGCGUGUUCCUCGUCAAUGGAAAAAGUUUUUGUCCAAUGGAAAGAACAAAGAAGAGUUGAUGAAAUUCCUUUUCGAAGUUUGGAGCAUAGCAAAUCCCCAACUUCUAAAUGGUGUCGAGGUCUUCAUCACACACGAAAACAAAUGCCACAAAUUAACAGAAUCGAAUAAUGUUUUGAUCUGCUGUAAUGUCGAAGAACUAACAUGUGAUCAUGAAGAAGCAGACACCAGAAUGGUACGCACAUUAAAAAAGGAAGUAACCAAGCGACUGUAUUUAUAGACAGAUGCGGAAAUUCACUUUUUCCGGUGGGGGGGGGAGCAAAGCCUUCUAAAUUUCCGACAAAACUUUCAAAUUUCCGACAUACCCCCAUUUGCACUUGAAAAGAAAAAGCCCUUUUUUAGGUCAAAAAGCCCCACCAAGAUUUCCGCCACUGUUUAUAGAGGGUAAAACUUAACAUAAUCCCCCAAAACUAGUAAGGUGCAUGGUCAAGUGAUCAGUGUAACAAACUUGUUUAUACUAUUCACAAUUCAAGUUUUCUUUAGGUAUGCCAUGCUAAGAACGCAUCUCUGAUGUACCCAAAUGUCAUUAUAAAAAGUCCAGACACGGACGUGUUUUUCAUUGCUUUGAAUGCAUGUUCCAAAAUCAGUGCACAGAUAUUCUUCGAGACCGGGAAUCAAAACAAAAGAAGAAUAAUUUCCCUUGAGAAGGUUAAGCAACACGUAGGUUCCCAGUGGUGUUCCGCGUUUGUUGGAUUCCACAGCUUCACAGGUAUAUUAAUAAUAAAAUCCAUACGAUAAAAGCUAGUAUAUUUUAUUGGCUUGAUCCAAUUGCUUUACACUAAUAUUCCUGGGAUAUUAGUAACAGCUAUUAGGUUUUUUGUGAAAAUAUUAACUACACUGGACAAAUGCAUAAAUGGUCUGGCGUUCUCAUAACGUUCGCUGUAAUUACCUUUAUAAUUUUUAUCAUAUUGUCCAUCUCGUAAUUUAAGGUUGUGAUACUACAAGUUCGUUUCACGGAAAAGGAAAAACCACUACUUUAAAAGUAGCAAGAAGCAAAGAUGUGCAUUUAUCCUGUUUCGCAAAUUUGGGCACAUCCGUAUCACCAUCAGAUGAGAUAAUACUUCAGUUAUCCAAUUAUGUAUGCCACCUUUAUGGCUAUGAACACCAGUCUGAUGUAAACCUAGUCCGGUACCUUGCCUUUAAAGCUGGGAAAUACGAGGAAGAGAUGCUACCACCUAAUGAAGAUUCUCUUUUGCUACACAUUUAUCGCGCCGUUUACCAAUGUUAUAUUUGGAGAAAUGCUACACAACCCAUUCUUAACCUUCCAAAUUUCACCGAGCAUGGUUGGACUAUUGAUGAGAGUGGAAAGGUCUGUGUCAAAUGGAUGAGUCUUCCUCCAGCUCCUGACUCUAUGCUUGUGUUGGUAAACUGUAAAUGUACUAAGGGAUGUGAGAACAACCGAUGUUCGUGUAAAAAAUCUGGUUUACAGUGUACCGAUGUGUGCAAAUGUUGCGACUGCAAGAACGGUAAAGCAGACAGCGAUGACCCAGAUGAUAGUGAUAAUGACGUAUUUGACUGUAGUGAUUGCUCAAGUGAUAGUGAACAAGAAAGCGAUUAG